AUGUAUAGUAUGAUUUUAUUUCCAUUAUAUUCUUUAUCUCCUUCAAUAUUACCUGGAAUUAAUUUUUCAAUUGAACAAAUAGUUCAUGUUUGUCAAAUAUUAGAAGAAAAUGGGGAUAUUAAUAGAUUAGGAAGAUUUAUUUGGUCAUUACAAAUUUCACCUUCUUCACUUAAUUUAUUAAAUCAAUAUGAAACUAUUUUACGUGCACGUACUAUUGUUGCAUUUCAUUUAGGAAAUUAUCAAGAAGUUUAUUAUUUAUUAGAAAAUCAUAAAUAUAAACGUGAUUAUCAUAAAAAAUUACAAGCUAUUUGGAUCGAAGCACAUUAUCAACAAGCUGAAACAUUACGUGGAAGACCAUUAGGACCAGCGAAUAUAAAUAUU